UGUGCAUGCACUACUGAAUACAAUCCUGACCACAGGGUGACUCUGGGAGGGAGGUGCUUCAGGCUUGACUUUCCGCUGAACACGCAGAAGAGAAGUACAGUCAUGAGUGGAAAGUUUCAGCUCAACACUAAUAGUUUGGGAUGGGAGUUGGCUGUGAGAGUUUCAGGGAUGUGAGCUGUUGAUGUGAUUUUCUCUCUACAGUUCUGUACUCCUUUUCUCAUGGCCUUCCUGACCAGAUCAGCUGAUGGUGUGUGUGUGUGUGUGAGUCACAGGAGGUUGAUGGAACCUUAAUUGGGAAGAACGGGCUCUAUCUAAUGACUGGAGUGGAAUCGGUGGAACGGUAACAAAUACAUCAAACACAUGGUUUCCAGGUGUUUGAUGCCAUUCCAUUGCUCCGUUCCAGCCAUUAUUAUGAGCUGUUCUCCCCUCAGCGGCCUCCUGUGGUGUGCGCGUGCCCACACACUGUAACAAUGGAAGUUAAAUACAGUAAGUAGCUUUCAUCAUCUGUCUGGGUCUCUGUUACUCCCCUAUCAUGGAUUAGGGCAAUAUCUCAGGCUUAAUUUACGGUGAGGUACUCUUCUUCUGUACAACUUGAGUGUUAGGGCCGGGGGAAAAUAGUGCACCUAUGAGCUUGCUGUCUACGGAGUUGUUGCACAAUCAGUGGCAAUUUUAGCAUGCAAAUCUUGGUGGGGCAAAAAAAAUGAUAUGUGGGAUGCAUGCCAGCAAAGCCACUACACAACACAACACUAAACAAUACAUUAAUUACACUAUACCGGUGACAAACGGUGCCCAUAAACUGUUAGGGCCUACAUAAAGCUGUCCCAACAGUAGUCUCAACAUCUUACCACUGCUACACCUGGCUAUCAGCGGAGCCUUGUCUGGCAGCGAAACAGUUCAUUCAGCCUCAUUUACUGCCUUUAAAAAAAACAUAGCUGAUAUGGUUGACUUGCUUAAACAAAUGUGGUUUCUACUGACAAUUGAGAUGUACAAACUAUGGCAUAAGGGGACGACAAGCGGAUAAGCAAUCCGUCAUUUCUAUUGACAUUGACAUUAAUGUGCAAUCAUAGCUGCGGGAAGUAGUUUGGGGGUGGGGGUGUUGUGAUGUUUUUUGCAGAAGGGGUGGGGAUGCAACAAAAAAAGAAUGCCUGCACUGAAGAAGUUUAUAUCAGUCCGCUAAUACAGGACUAGUAAAGGCCCAGCGCAUCACUUUUGUGAAUUUUUUAAAACUAAAUGUAUUUUAGUGUUUACCAGCAUCUGUAACUUGAGUCUGAUAAUUAUCUGUACAAAACAGUUAAUCUGAUAAUACCUGUGGAAUAUAAAAAUACUUGCUUGAGAUAUGUUUUCCAAUUUCUUGAAAUACUUUUCAAAUACAACUUAUUUCUAUGUGAAAACUGAAAUGGUCUAUUCAUUCCUUUUUAGUAGACGCUCUUAUCCAGAGCAGUGAGUGCAAAAUGAUUAAUACUUUUUUGUACUGGUCACCCGUGGGAAUCAAACCGACAACCCUAACAUUGUAAGCACCAUGCUCUACCAACUGAGCCACAUCAUCAUCAUCACAAACUUCUUGAUGUCUCAAUGUGCUCUAUUCAUGUAGUGUGCGUUGUUUUUCUUCAUGGUGAUGGAAAGUCUACAGGUACAAACCUAGAUGACCAGCCUAUGUACAGUAAUGUACAUUUACAUUAAGUAGUUUGUAAGCAUGGUACAUUAAUACUGCACAAAAAAGUGGUUGUUUUCCAUGUUAUUUGAUCAAGAAAAAUAUUAAAUUUGAUGUUUUGAGUCUUUGCCCAUAACUUUGCACCUUUUUAUGUAAAUGUUUGAGUACAGGGUUUUGUUCUUUUUGGAUUCCAUUAGAAUGACAAUUGCAAAUAAAGGGACAGGGCAACAACUCUUACAAUUCCAACUAUUGAAUCCUGCAAGAUACUGUUCUUAAUUAUACAACUACCUUUUUUGCCAAAGCGGAUAUGCUGAAAACUUUGUGCCUGCACUACAGACGUCUUUAUCGGUCUGCUAAUACUAGUAAAGGCCCAGUGCACUACUUUUGUGGGGGGGUGGGGGGGGGGGGGGGGGUGCUGCAGCAUCCUCAGCACCCCUACAAUAAUCACCCAUAGCACACGAGCUCACUGUGGUUCAGGGUCUCACCUUUGCAUUGUAUGUCUCACACACUCUUUCCUCUCUUUCACACUAUCUUUCCUUCUCUCAUUUUCUCUCUAUGUCUCUGUCUCUCUGUUUCUGUGUGGAUGUCUCAAUAGUGUCAAAAGUCAAGGUCCUCUCUCUCUCUCGCUCUCUCUCUCUCUCUAACCCACUGCUCAGCAGAGGUCACACACACCACUAACAGGAAGCACCUGCUUUGUUACGCUCGGUUGCGUUAGAUAAACUAAAAGAGGAAAAGCAUUUGUGCAGAUUUCGUUUAGAUUUUCAGUGACUGCUCAUUCAAACAGUCAAAGUAAUUGCACCACCUGAAACUCCCGAAAUUCCAUACAAUUAUUACAAAUACAAUACUUCUAUAGGCAAGGAUUUGUUUGUAUGCAGUUCAUAGACAUACUCAACAUACACAAAUAUGUUGGACAUGUUUGUUGAGAAGUAGGGAUUGAGAUGAGGAAUAGAGACGGGGUAGCCUGCAUCCAAAAUUAAUUACAGUGUGAAACGGCGUGAAUAGAGUAAAAUGUAACAAUUCAGUUUGAGGUGAGGGCUAAGAAUGCCCUUGUGCAGUGUGCACUAGAAGUGAAACCCUGCAUACCCUGCAUUUCACUAUAGUUUAUAGUGUAGAUACAGGCUAGAAAAGAAGGGGGGGGGGAUAAGAAUGCCAUUGUGCAGUGUGCACUAGCAGUGAAACCGACCACAUGCUAUACUACCCUACAUUCCCUGGGUCUGGGUUUGAGGGGGGCUUAAAGGUGGUCGGCAUCUGGAUCUGUUUAAGUACCAAAGGGACUGUAUGGGGAGGAGGUUAACAGCUAAAACAUACAUUAUUCUUCAUAUAAACGGGCGGCAGGUAGCUUAGUGGGUAAGAGCGUUGUGCCAGUAACCGAAAGGUCGCUGGUUCUAAUCCCAGAGCCGACUAGGUGAAAAACCUGUCGAUGUGCCCUUGAGCAAGGCACUUAACCCUAAUUGCUCCUGUAAAUCGCUCUGGAUAAGAGUGUCUACUAAAAUGUAAAUGUAAAUGUAAACCCAGAUCAAGACAUAACACUGUAAAACACACAUUAUUCUUCAUAUAAACCCAGAUCAAGACGUAACACUGUAAAACACACAUUAUUCUUCAUAUAAACCCAGAUCAAGACAUAACACUGUAAAACACACAUUAUUCUUCAUAUAAACCCAGAUCAAGACAUAACACUGUAAAACACACAUUAUUCUUCAUAUAAACCCAGAUCAAGACGUAAAACACACAUUAUUCUUCAUAUAAACCCAGAUCAAGACAUAACACUGUAAAACACACAUUAUUCUUCAUAUAAACCCAGAUCAAAACGUAAUACUGUAAAACACACAUUAUUCUUCAUAUUUACAUUUACGUCAUUUAGCAGACGCUCUUAUCCAGAGUGAGAGAGAGAGAGAGAAGAACUACCGAGUGUGUGAGAGAGAGAGAGAGAGAAGAACUACAGUGUGUGAGAAAGAGAACUACCGAGUGUGAGAGAGAGAGAGAGAAAACUACUGAGUGUGUGUGUGUGUGAGAGAGAGAGAGAGAGAGAGAGAGAGAGAGAGAGAGAGAGAGAGAAGAACUACCGAGUGUGUGUGAGAGAGAGAACUACCGAGUGUGUGUGUGUGAGAGAGAGAACUACCGAGUGUGUGAGAGAGAGAGAGAGAUCAAGACGUAACACUGUAAAACACACAUUAUUCUUCAUAUAAACCCAGAUCAAGACGUAACACUGUAAAACACACAUUAUUCUUCAUAUAAACCCAGAUCAAAACGUAAUACUGUAAAACACACAUUAUUCUUCAUAUUUACAUUUACGUCAUUUAGCAGACGCUCUUAUCCAGAGUGAGAGAGAGAGAGAGAGAGAGAGCGAGAGAGAGAGAGAGAGAGAGAGAGAGAGAGAAGAACUACCGAGUGUGUGUGAGAGAGAGAACUACCGAGUGUGUGUGAGAGAGAGAGAGAGAGAAUAAGUACAGAGUGUGUGAGAGAGAGAGAUAGAGAGAGAGAAGAACUACAGUGUGAGAGAGAGAACUACCGAGUGUGUGAGAGAGAGAUAGAGAGAGAAGAACUACAGUGUGUGAGAGAAAGAGAUAGAGAAAGAACUACAGUGUGUGUGAGAGAGAGAGAUAGAGAGAGAGAGAAGAACUACCGAGUGUGUGAGAGAGAGAGAGAUAGAGAGAGAAGAACUACAGUGUGUGUGAGAGAGAGAACUACAGAGUGUGUGAGAGAGAGAUAGAGAGAGAGAAGAACUACAGUGUGUGAGAGAAAGAGAUAGAGAGAGAACUACAGUGUGUGAGAGAGAGAGAUAGAGAGAGAGAACUACCGAGUGUGUAAGAGAGAGAGAGAUAGAGAGAGAGAAGAACUACCGAGUGUGGAGAGAGAGAGACAUGCUCAACAUGAGCUCCUGAUUUAUUUCUGUUUUUUGUUGUUUUUAGAAUGAGAUAAACACUCGAAUCUAAAAAGAAUUAAAGACAAGAAGUGAUGAACAACAACUCAAUUCAAUCAAAAUAGGAAGAAAAAAAAAGUUACUUUGGCUCUCGCUAGCUAGCUACACAACAAAGACCUAGCCAGCAGGCUAACAAGCCAGCCAGAAAAUUUAGCUAGAACAAACCUAGCAAGGGGAGUUAAUACAACUACAUCAUACAACCAAACUGAGUAAAUCAAAAAGAAGCACAGACUCUAACUUUAAACAUAUCUUCUGUUUUUGUGUGUGAAGAUUUUUCACUCUUUUUGCUGUUUUUUUAGCUAAACAGGAGCUAGCUAGCAACAGCAGCAGACAAACAAAGCUGGUUGACAUGGCAAUGGUGCAGCAGAACAGAGCAGCAGCAGCAGUAGUAGCAGAGCUCACAGGCACCAUGUCCCCACUCCCCCUCAGCGCUGAGUCCAUUCUCUACCCUCCAUAGGCCAAAAAUGACAUAACGAGGAAAGCUUUUAAACAGAAACUACUAAAGGGGAGGCCAGAAACCCUUUUCGCAGACCUCUACAAAAACAAUGAUGUGAGUAAUCUCAUCUUUCUCACUGACCAGCCAAAUGCAUGGCGCUCAGCAGUCUGCUCUCACUACCCAUCCAUAAAGAAAGAGGGAAUCUGUAAUGGGUGGAAGCUGAAAGUCAAAGAGACAGACGACCCUGACAACACCAUGAUAACAAUCAACCUCUACAAGACUGGGACUGUCAUGGUGCAAGGUAACCUUAGGCUGUUUGAAAACAGACUUUCAGACCAUUAAGGAGAGAGCAGAGAGAGAGAAGGACACCACCAGUGACAUGCCCUCCCACAAGACAAACUCCACCAGCACCACCCUCACCCCCACUAUUCCCACCCAAAAAGGCACAUCCAGCACCUCUCUUCCCACCAUAGUGGAGGACACGCCCCAGGAGGAGAGCGACCCCCUCAGUGCAGAGCAGGCUCAGGCCCUGCUCACCCUCAUGGGUGCCAUGAGGGAUCAGUUCACCAAACUGGAGGGGGAGGUGGUCCUGCUCAGGGAGAGUGUGUGCAAACAGCAACCAGACAUCCACACCAUAGAGGAGCUCCUAACCAAGGUGCGGACAGAGCAGGACAGCAGCCUUGCAACACAGCUGAAAGAAGUUCAGCAAGAGAGAGACGGACUCAAGAGAGAGCUGGCUGAUCUAACAAAGGAGGUGAGAGAGUUCCAAAAAGACAGGCAGAGCAGUAAUAACGAACUGAGAAAGGAGCUGCAGGAGAGAAAGAGAACAGAGGACAGGCUGCAGGAGCAGCUAGAUCACCACUCUAUGACCUGCCCUCACACAGCAGAGGAGCCCACCUCAACCAGCCAGGCCUCCCCAGCCCUGCCGGCUGCAUGCCUCCCCCAGCCCACAGAACAGCCUCCCACUGACAGCGGCACCGGCACAGACCAGCCACACCCCAGCUCCAACACCCACCAGCCCCCACUCUACCCCCUCCAGUCCAGAAGAAACACUGGCUGAGAUCGUCCUGUUGAUGGACUCAAAUGGGAAGUUUGUUCAGCAGAAUAAACUUUUCCCUAGACACAAAACGAGAAAGGUGUGGUGCCCAACAACGCAGAAUGCCAUGGCGCUGCUUGAUAAGGUCCAGCUCGGGUCGCCAAGCCACAUAAUCCUACACACCGGAAGCAACGACCUGCGUGAUCAACAGGAGAGGGUGGCGACUUCACUACGGGGAGUGAUUGAGAAGGCCUGUGCAAUAUUCCCCAACUCAAGGAUCGUGGUGUCAACCCUUCUACAGAGGAAGGACUUCCACCCUGCCACAAUCCAAAGAAUAAAUGCCAGCCUCUCCCGGGACUGUGCCCUGCGACCCAAUGUACACCUGGCCCACCAUCUCACCCUCGAUCUGGACUGUCUCUAUGACCAUGUUCACCUGUACAGGGAGACAGUCCCCAUCCUUACCAAGACUCUCAAGGACGUCGCUUUAAACCGCAGCCCGACCUCUCCACCCAGCAACAGCGGAGCAAACUCCACCCCCCCUGAGAUCACAGAGACAACACCCCGGACCAGCACCCUGGACCCCCCAGCCACUGCCACAGCACCACCAACCUCAAUGCCCACCACAGCCAGCGCAGCACAGACUACCCCAGCCCAGCUUCAGACCCACCCAGAUGAGGUCUACCACCCCCCUCCCCCCCACCGCAGACCCACACCUGGAGGAGCCACAGCCUGGCAGGCAGAGCUAUGCACAGGCUGUGAGAGGAGCAACUGGCCCAGCCCCCACCAACGAAAUGAGUGACAUCAAACAAAUGCUGAAUCUACUAUGCUCACAUGUGGUAGGCCGAGGGUCA